AUGGCACCCAAGAAGUCAGUAGAAUACAAAGGAAAGAUCCUCUUCCUUCAUGGAUAUACUCAGUCGGCAUCCCUCUUCUACGCCAAGACAUCAGCCUUACGUAAGAAGUUAUUGAAAUUAGGUUAUAAAUGUAUCUAUCUUAAUGGACCAUAUGUCCUCACACCAGCCGAUCUACCAUCUAAUGACGCCCUUUCUAAAUUCAGUUCAGUCACAACUUCGGAAGACAAUGAUAUGACAUAUAGAGCCUGGUGGGUGAAACAAGAUUCCACCAAUAAUAAAAUCAAUUUAGAAAAAUCAAUAGCGGCCAUUCGUGAUUAUAUCAACCAUGGACAAAUCAUAUCCGACCCCGAUGACCACACUAUGAAUCAACAACUGCCGGAAGAGAUAGAACAAGAGAAUAAAUUACCUAUUGUAGGUAUAAUUGGAUUUUCACAAGGUGCAGCCUUUGGAGGUCUCAUUGCUCAUAAAUUCCAUGAAUUAUUCGAAGUUGAUCCCUUGAAAUUCGUGAUAUUAUAUUCCGGAUUUAAAUUAGACACGUCAAAACAAGCCGGGAAUGACCAAUAUCACGAACAUUACCCCCAGACUGAAGAAGAAGUUAUAAAUAGUCAUUUUAAGUAUUUGCAUGUUUAUGGAGAAUUGGAUACUGUUGUUGAAGAAUCUCGGGCUAUGAGUUUGUUUGAGUUGACGAAAGGGUCUUCGGAUUUGUUGAAACAUCCUGGUGGGCAUUUUGUUCCUAAUUCGAAAUUAUAUGUUGAAAGAGUUACGAAUUGGAUUCAGAAUAAUGAAGAGAAGAAAGAGAAGGAGGAAGUAGAAGUGGUUGAGAAGAAGGAGGAAGAUGAUAUUGAUUCUUUGUUGGAUAUGAUGGAUGGAUUUGGAAAGGUGUAG